GGGGGGAGAGGGCGAGGGAGGCUGCUGCUGCCACGUCGUUGUGCAAGAGGAGGAGGUGAACAGCGGCAGCGGCCCCGCGACGUGCCUCCCACCCGAUGGCCUGGCCGCUGGCUGGCCCGCCCACCCGCCCCUCCACCCGCCCCGGAGUCUGCGUACUGAAUACGUCACCGCUACGUCACCGUCCGUGCGUGUGUGUGUUGGCCUCCGAGUGAGACAGACGCGCUCUCGCCUCUCAGUCUGAGAGAACCCCUCUGUUGGGACGCACGGCCAUGACGACCACUGUGCCCUGCUAGCGAGGCCCCGUCUGGGUAAUGUGUCACGUCCCCUGCGGCCACGAGUACCUCACGUCGCCCCGCUGUGUCCCGGGUCAGCCCCUCGCCCUCACGCCCCUGUGGUGACCUUGGUGUGCAGUUUGCGGUGCUUAGUCCAGCGUGUCUAGUGAGUGUGCAGCCAACAGUGCGGUGAAUGUUGUCCGAGAGUCGCGGCGCCAUGUCAUCCUACCGGAGCCAGCGUCAGCACUGCUACCUGUGCGACCUGCCCCGCAUGCCCUGGGCCAUGCUGCACGACUUCUCGGAGGCCGUGUGUCGCGGCUGUGUGAACUACGAGGGCGCCGACAGGAUCGACCUUGUGAUCGAGGCGGCCCGACAGAUGAAGCGGGCCCAUGGCAUCAAUGAGAGCCGCCAGGGGCCCGCCAAGCCGCACCCCCGCGUGCCCAUGGAGGCCCAGAACGGCGCCCACCACAUCAAGGUGGAGGGCGGCAUCAAGAUGGAGCCUGGCUCGCAUUCACAGUCCCACUCCCACGGCCACCCACACGGCCACCCGACGGCCCUGCCGCCGCCCGGCGCCCCCGUGUCCUUUGUGUCUGCGGACGUCCGCCAACGUGCGCCACACAUGCUGGCCUUCCCCGGUGGCCUGCCCCACCGCGAGGAUCCGCACGCCCCUUCCCUGGUGAGGCCGCCCGCCCAUCUCGCCUCACACCCCUCCUCACACCCGCCCCUGCCGCCCCCACACUCCCGCCCGCCGGGGCCUGGCUCCUCGUCGUCGCAGCCACAGAAGAGGCCCUUCGAGAGGGACGACGCCCAGAGCCCCAGCGAAGGCAAUGUAUCCAAGCGAGCCAUGCUGGAGGAGGGUCACCGGCCGCCCCUCACGCGGGGAGAGUCCCUGCCCGCCGCCCCUGUGGGCCCCAACACCAAGCACCACCCCGUCCGUGUAUGGUCCUUCGACGGGUCAACUAAACCUCCACCUGGUUAUGAGAUAGCGGCCCACAUCCGCCUCUCCCUGCUAGGCUUGGGUCCGGGUGCACACCGGCCCGGAGGCGGCGCGGCGGGCGGCACCAAGCUGAAGGCCUCUUCGGGGUGCGGGGAGGGCGCGAGCCUCCAGCGGGCCGCCGCCCGAGCCAACAGCAGCAGCAGCCCGUGCGCCGUGCGGUCCGCCCCUGGCCGCCAGCAACACCCUGACGCAGAGGGCCAGACCAGUGGUUACCCCGGCCUGCCCGUGAGUGCCGCUGCGGUGGUUGCAGCGGCGGCGGCGCAGCAACAAGCACAGGCCGCAGCCAGCAGCCAGAGCCAACAGGGGUCCUCGCAAGGGCCCGCCGUGUCCUCCUCUCCUGAGGGACCCAACUCCUCCACCAACGGGCCGUCCCCCAUGGCCGCCCUCCAGAGUGUGACGGACAACCUCCCGCCGGGCUCCCCCCACAGCUCCGCCUCCCCCCAGCAGCGCUCAGUCUCUAGGAACUCGUCCCAGCUGUCCCCCAACUCAGGAGAGCCGCGCAGGAGACCGUCAACAGGCCGGCAUGGAGACUCCAGCGGCGACAGCAGCCCCGGAGCGCAGAGUGGCGGCUCCAGCGGCGGCGACGGCCCGCAGCCAAGCAAUAACCUCAAGUGCACCAUUUGUACGGAGCGGCUGGAGGACACCCACUUCGUGCAGUGCCCCUCCGUCCUCCACCACAAGUUCUGCUUCCCCUGCUCCAGAGAGUCCAUCAAGCGGCAGGGCGCAGGCACCGAGGUGUACUGUCCCAGCGGCGAGCGGUGUCCCCUGGCCGGGUCGUCGGUGCCGUGGGCCUUCAUGCAGGGCGAGAUCGCCACCAUCCUGGGUACCGCCAACAUCCUGCCGCAGCACGCCCAGGACGAGGCCAAGACCAAGAAGGAGCGCGACACAUAGGCUGCGGCGCGCCAGGAUCCUCUGGUUUUAGUUGCAAGGUUGCCAGUGAUGCAUAGCUGGUGACUUUUGUGGGCGCUGCCCCACGUGUUGUGGGCGUGGCGGCGCUGCAGGAGUAUGUCCAAAUGGUGCUGGAUCCGGUCCUUGCCAUGACUCUGCCCGCUGGUGGUGGUGAAGGUGGCGGUGGUGAUGGAGUGGUGGGGACGUAGCGGGGCUCCUACGGGACCCUGGGGCCCCACCACCACUGUGUGUCGGGCCCGGCCUGUGGCCGCCCACCAAGGGAGAGGGCAGAGUCAGCUAGUCCAGGAAGUCUACUUUAGUGACUGUUAACCAUUUGUGCGAACAUUCGAAGCAUCAGUGAGUUGGGUCGCUCCUCGCGGCCCAUCAAGUCUCCUGUUGUAUCAGGAGUGAAGAUUUUCUGCCGCAGCGCCGGCGAGAGGCGGCGGUGAGCUGCCGCCACCCCGGACCACCGGCGGUGGAGGCCCUCGGCCAGAGCGCUUGUGAGCCACCUUUUCGAGGACCCGGGGAGGCUAUAUAGUGAAGCCGGGCGAGCAGCGGCGCCGCCCGCUGAGGAGACUCGCCCUGCGUCCCGGGUCCCGCGGCGCCUCCAACGACGCCGCACCAAGCCCGGCCGCGCCCGGCCAGGCUCUGGCCGCAGCUGUCCGAUGUCGUUGUCGGCGGCUGGUGUCGUCGACCCAAGACGUCGUCCCACACUUGGUCCAUUUUCUUGUGCUGAUUUCUUAACCAGUUUUAUCUUCGAAGUUGGGCAGAAUUGUUAUUGUAAUCUCUUAGACUGUACAUAUUUCACCAUUUACACCUGACACACACGCCGGUGUGCACAGACGCAGGCGUAAACAGACACACGUACACGAGCUGUACUCUCACACACCGCUCCCAGACCGUGUGACGUCGGCAAUGACCAAAGGCUUACCUUGUACAUUGAUUGAUAGGAAUAUAUUACUUUAGUGUAAUGUGAUAACACACUUAGCCUACUAGUCAUUUAUGAUACUGGGUAAUUUUGGUACAGUAUCACGAUUUGGAACUCCGUACUCGCUUUUGUAGAUUUAUAAAUGUUCCAAAUAUUCUCCUUACGGCAUCUGUCAGAUCUUCACCAGACUAACACCGACCUUGGUUCACCAAAAAGCAAACUCCGAUUAACACGCAGGUCAACCUCCUUCCUGUCCGCCACGGCCCGAGGGAACACCAAACAGUUUUGAAGUUUUGCGUUGUCAGUGUUCUCACCCGCGUGUAGCGUAGAGGCCCGGGUGUGUGUGUGGGUGUGUAUGUGUGCAUGUGUGCGUGUGUGUGGGCGUGUAUGUGUGCCCCGCCCCGCCCAGCCGCGGCACGCCUCCCACGGGGCUUCUGGCACCCCCUGGCACUCUUGGUUAGGUUUUGUGGGAGCGUGAGCUGCAGGAGUUACAGGACUUGCUUGUUGAGGAACCGGUAGACACUUUCAACUCUCUCUCUCUCUCUCUCUCUCUCUCUCUCUCUCUCUCUCUCUCUCUCUCUCUCUCUCUCUCUCUCUCUCUCUCUCUCUCUCUUCCUGUAGGUGUGAUUGAAGGUAAGUGGAGUGAGAGAGUCAAGGGGCGUCGCCUCUGUUUCCGUCAUGGGAUGCUGAGGAGGGCGGAAUAGUGACCUUGAGGGGACGUGUGCGUAUGUUUUGGUUGUCUUGGAGAGAGAGAGAGAGAGAGAGAGAGAGAGAGAGAGAGAGAGAGAGAGAGAGAUUUGGCUGAGUGUAGUUGGACAUGCCCCUUUUUUCUUCAAUUCUUGUUAGCGGGGUCAGACAGACAGACGGAGACAGCCCGGAGGAGGAAUGUUGCUCACGCUCGCCACUCUCUUAGCGAUUUUUUGACACUUUAGGAAGGCGCCACUUGUCUUGCUCCAGUUCGACCCUCGCCAGGCAGCGCGUCCAGACCAUUGCCCUGUGUCAGGCGCGCGAGCGAGGACUUGUUGUAGACUCAAAAUAAAACGACAUAGAGUAACUGCAUAAACUUUCAGCGCAGAGCUUUUUUGUAAGAGUCGCCGGGGCGUGUUGUGGGUGCCAAGAAGUCCCGUCCGAGCCACCGCCCUGUUCCCUUUUGGCGCUGGUGUUGGGGUAGUGAGCGGGGAGGGGGGAAGGGGGGCUGUCAGGGUGAGUGUGACUAGUGUGUGGGAGGCGAGGAGGGGAGAGCAGUGGAGAGGUGGCGAUGUCGUCGUAUGCCACCACGACCACCAGAAAGCACGUGUGUGGGCUGUGUUACCUAAGGCAGCCGUGUGAUGCGUCCUCGCCCUCCACCUCGGCCUCGUCCUCGUCCUCUCACCCGCGCGCGUCACUGUUGUGGGGUGACAUGCAUGAGAUUGUGUGAGACGGUCCGUUGCGCGUCGCUCGGCUGUCCUUGUUGAGAGAGAGAGAGAGAGAGAGAGAGAGAGAGAGAGAGAGAGAGAAUGUGUGUGGUUUGCGUCACAAGAGCAUCUGGUAUUCACGUUAAGAAGGGAUUAUGUUGUGACCUUGAGCGCCGCGCCGCCCUGAGCCGUGCAGGUCAGGGGAGGUCACGUGCUCCACUUAUUGUCUAAUCGGUUACAACCUUCGUGUGCAUGUGUGUGUGUGUGUGUGUGUGUGUGUGUGUGUGUGUGUGUGUGUUAGAGGCUGUGCUCGUUAGGACAGCCCCGCCCCUCUCGGCGCCGCACUCUAAUUAGCUUUCCUAGCAACAAUGUGACCAUUUAGGCAACAACAGCAUCAUCAACAACAUCAGCAACACCGUCACGCCUCCUCGGAGAAACACUGCUGGCUCGGUGUCUAGCCGCCCGUCACCUGCUGCCGCCGCCGCCGCCGCUUCUCGUGUCCGUCAGCCGCUUGUCCGUGUCACCCGCCGUUGGCCUGUUUUCACCUUGUCAUGUCCUUGAUCUGUUGCCGCGUCGCCUCCUAGGCCGCCCUGCUCAUCUGUCGCCCCAGCACGCGCGAGCCCCGCCCCGCCGCCCCGCUGCCCCGGCCCGCCGCUGGUCGGCGCCGCCCGGCACCGGCCGCCCCGCGCGCCCUCCGCCGGUUUUGUUGUUUUUGUUUGAGCGGGGCGGGGCAGGGCGAGGGCCGUGCCGGGGCGCCGCCCCGCGGGGCCGCAGCGGCCUCACUGUCAGGAGCGUCGCUCAGGUUUUCUUUCUUGUUGUCUUUGUUGCCUCGCGGCAUUUUGUUGUAAGUAUUAAUACUAAAGGUGUUACUACUUUAACUACUCUUUCAAAGGUACAAAUGAAGUAGCUCGACGUAUUUUUGUAGAAGGGCUUUGUAACAUAUGACCACCGGAGGCGCAGGGGCGCCGCCACCGCCGCCAGGCGGAAAACGACCUUAUGUCCAUUAAUGUUGAAGUGGCGCGUGCCCGGUUUUGUUAAUGAGUUGGCGUCCAGUUGAGGGAAUACAAAGGACAAGUUUUGAGCGAGUGACCCCGAGACGCCCCCGCCCCGCCCUGCCCCGUCGGCCGCGGCGCCUCGGGAGCCAGGUCGGUGCCGCCCCCGGGCCACACGCGGGGCCGCCGCCGCCGCCAGAAGGGCCGCGGGUCGUGGCCAUCAGGAGGACUGUGGCCGCGACGCCUCGGGCCGCACGGAGGCUGCUGUCCCGCCCUGAUGCCUCCGCCGCGGCGGCCCAUCACCGGGGCCUCCGCCCCACCGGACCGUCCUGCACUGACCACCCGCAGGAGCCGCGGCCCGGGGCGGGGCGGGGCGGGGGCGCGGGGCUGAGGGAGGCGGGUGUGGCAGGGACGGAGACGCCCGCCGGGGACACAUCGACCUAAGCUGUACAGUACUUUAGGCUGCCCGUUAAUGUAUGGCGUCAUACAUAUUGGUUUAUGUAUGAUUUUGAUGUACCUGCUUUUAAAUAUAUGAAUAUGAAUAUAAAUAUAAAUAUAUUAUAUAUAUAUACAAAUGUUGCCGCAGAGCGACCUUUAAUACCUGUUCAUAUGGAUGUUGUUGGUCUCUUAUCAUUGUAAAGGGUGUACAGUGAACACAAGCAUAGUAUAUAUAUAAAGAUUCUAUUACGUGCCGCAACACUAUCAUCACUGCUGCUGGGUGAGUGCCGCCCCGCCGCCCCGCCGCCAGCAGGCAGCUGCGUGCCAUACCCGGGGCGCACCCAGUCCACCCUCCCAGUAAUAAACUUAUUGACAACCUCG